GUCAAGUCACCGCGGCAACUGUCAACCUGCAACCCCCAUUUCGCCCCUCCUCCUUUCAUUGCCAUGGCUGCGGCGAGGCUCGGUUACCACGGGGACGCCUGAAGCCGUGGAGGGAAUAUCACGGCCACCUCCGCUCUCCCUGCCUUGACUCUCCUCCCCACCAUCCUCUCCCGCCCCUCUCCUCCUCUUCCUCUCCCACUCCCGCCCCCCCUUCUCCCACGGCCCCCUCCUCGACCUCCAAGAUAGAUUCCCUCAGGAGCAAGGUUGACCUGCUCAAGCUGCCACUGGCCCUCUCAACCAAGUCCAUCUCGGAGCGCAAGAGCCAGCUGGGCGGCGUCGGCAAGCCGUGCGGCACGGGCGGAGGAGGAGGAGGAAGCGGGGCUCGCAAAGCCCGCUCGCCGCCCGCCCGAGACAUGGACAACGAGUCACAGUAUUCGGGAUACUCGUACAAGUCUUCCCACUCCCGGAGCUCCCGCAAGCACAGGGAUCGGCGGGACCGCCAUCGCUCCAAAAGCAGAGAUGGCAGCAGCCGCGGAGACAAGUCGGUGACAAUUCAGACGCCCGGAGAGCCGCUGCUGGACGCAGAAUCCACUCGAGGGGAUGACCGGGAUGACAACUGGGGCGAGACCACAACUGUGGUCACGGGGACGUCGGAGCACAGCAUCUCUAAUGAGGACCUGACACGAGUCACCAAGGACCUGGAAGAGUCAACUCCUCUGGAGUGCAAGCGCUUCUUGGGCCCAGCGCUGGGCGGUUGCCUGAGCUUUUUUGCGCUGGUGACGCCGCUGGCUUUCCUCGUGCUGCCACAAGCGCUGUGGCGGGAUGCCCUGGAGCCUUGCGGCACGCCCUGCGAGGGCCUCUAUGUCUCACUAGCCUUCAAACUCCUAGUGCUGCUUAUCUCUUCGUGGGCCCUCUUCCUCCGGCCUCCGCGCGCCACCCUGCCGCGCUUCUUCGUCUUCCGCUGCCUGCUCAUGGUACUGGUCUUCCUCUUUGUGGCAUCCUACUGGCUCUUCUACGGUGUGCGUGUGCUGGAGCCCCGUGAGCGCGACUACCGUGGCAUCGUGGAGUACGCAGCCUCGCUCGUGGACGCGCUGCUAUUCAUCCAGUAUCUGGCGCUGGUGCUGCUGGAGGUGCGCCACUUGCAGCCCGCCUUCUGCCUAAAAGUGGUGCGCAGCACGGAUGGCGCUAGUCGCUUCUACAACGUGGGUCACCUCAGUAUCCAGCGGGCAGCUGUGUGGGUGUUGGACCAUUACUACAACGACUUUCCCGUCUACAAUCCUGCCUUGGUCAACCUGCCAAAGUCUAUUCUGUCCAAGAAGAUGACAGGCUUCAAAGUCUACUCGCUUGAUGAAAACCCCGCCAACAAUUCAACAGGCCAGUCGCGCGCCAUGAUCGCCGCAGCCGCCAGGAGGCGAGACAACUCCCACAACGAGUUCUACUACGAGGAGGCGGAGAUGGACCGCAGGAUCCGCAAACGCAAGGCCAGGCUGGUGGUGGCGGUGGAGGAGGCGUUCACGCACAUCAAGCGCCUCCACGAAGACGAGGCGGGAUCGACCUCGUCCCCCAAGCACCCCCGCGAGGUGAUGGACCCCCGCGAGGCGGCGCAGGCCAUCUUCGCCCCCAUGGCGCGGGCUAUGCAGAAGUACCUGAGGACCACGCGGCAGCAGGCCUUCCACAGCAUGGAGAGCAUCCUCACGCACCUGCAGUUCUGCAUCACGCACAACAUGACGCCCAAGGCUUUCCUGGAGCGCUACCUGAGCCCGGGCCCCACCAUGCAGUACCAGCAGCACAACGGCAGGGGGCGCCAGUGGACGCUGGUGAGCGAGGAGCCGGUAACGUCGGCGCUGCGCCAAGGCCUGGUCUUCUCCGUGCGCCGCCUCGACUUCUCCCUGGUGGUCACCGUCACGCCGCUUCCCUUCCUGCGCCUCGGCGAGGAGUUCGUGGACCCCAAGAGCCACAAGUUCGUCAUGCGGCUCCAGUCCGAGACGUCCGUUUGAAGGCCUGCGCUCUCCCCGAGGAUGGGGAGGGGGGGGGGGGGGGACCUUCCAUCAACUCCUGAUGCCUUGGACUCGUCUUUUCUGUGUUGUUGAUGGAACAAGCUGUAAAAAAAGGCAUAUUUUUUUCUUUUCUCUCUUUUUUUUUUUUUUCAAACAAAGGCGCCUUUUUUUGUUGUAACCACUUGAACUACGUGACCACCACGACGACCGCGAUGCCACGUCGCGCCUCAAAAACUGUGACCGCAGCGCACCACCACUGCCCCGCCGCAGCUGGCUCCUGACCUUUUUUUGUACUCUUUUAUUGUUUUUAUACUCUCGUAUGAAGCAGGAUUGAGGGCUACACUCACAAAAAAAAAAAAAAAAAAAAAAUUCCUAAUAGCAUACUUGUCAAAGUCAUUUUUGGAAAACAACAAAUUAAAUAAGUUGAGCAAAUUCAACAUGCAAGAAGCGUCCAGCUGCCUCGAUUAAACUUUUGCGGAUUACCAUCCAUGACCUGGAUGACCAACAAUCUACGCACAGAAAAACUUUUUUCUUGUGUUGAUUUUGACUUGGGCAAUUAUGCAAUCGGGGCUAUGAAAUUGCUUAAUAUUUUUGUUUUUUAAGCAAAAAAAUAAUAAUAAAAGCGUACUAGAAUGAAGUUUUAGUUUUCGAGAAUAAAGUCCUAUUUUUGGAGGUGAACAGCUCUAUCUCCCCCCCAUAAAUAGGAGAAAAGUGGUAAUAUUGUGACACCAAAGUUGUGCGUAUGAAAACCAGAAUUUCACCCCCAUAAGAGUGAUUAGACUUGUUCUUGGGGGGGAUGAAAAAAAUUGUGUAUUUAAAAAAAUGGAUUGAAAUUGUGAUUAGUAUCAUCAAAAUUAUAGUUACGAAUGUUGCUGCUGACAAAUCCCUCCGUCUAUUAACGGCCCGCUGAGUCUCAACAGAAACCCGAAUUCUGGGGGGAAGUCUUUGAUUGACAGCUGGGGGCGGGGUUUCCGGAGUAGUCAGUGACACGCCCACAGCGCCUCGAAGCUCGAAGAAUGUCGCAAUUCAUUUGGAAGCCUGAUUUCACAUAGUUCUUGUUUUUUUUAUUAUUAUUAUUAAUUGUCCAUGUUUUCAUACUUUUUUUUUUUUUUUUUUAGGAUACAGGUCUUUUUUUUUGGUUCUUAAACUUCAUCCUCAUGUGAUGACAACAUUUCGAGGGCGCAGGGAUGAGAACAGCUUUUUUUGUGACUUCUUGAAAAAAUUCUAUUCUUGGUGGGGGGGAUCCAACUGUAUUCUUGAACAAAUUAACCUUUAUUCUCGGAAAAAAAUAGCUUUUCAGGCUUUAUUUAAAAAAUUGGUUUUGGUUCUUGAAAAAAAAAACAUGUUGGAAAAAUAUUUCUUAAAAAUCUUAAAAAUAACCAGAAAAUAUGACAUAAUUGGAAAAGUCAGACUUCAUCGAAAAAUAUGACCUAAUACUUGAAAAAUACAACUUCAUUCUUGAACUCGGGGUUUUUACUCUUGAACUUUUUUUAUUUUUCCCCCUUUCAGUGCAGCCCUGAUCCUCGUCGGUACUCACGACAGAAUGUAGCAUCUUGUGCUCAGAUAACACUUUUUGAAAUAUGAGAAGACUGAAUUUUCUCUUUGUAUGUUCAUGCCUUGCCAGUUCACUUUACACAAAAACAACACCUUAACACAAAAAAAAUUUGAAAGCGUUCCCUAUAACUUUAACUACAGAUGACAACAUAACCAAUUUAGUGCAUUUUAUUGUUUUUGUCAACUCAUUUUUAAUAGCUCGUGUGCUUUUGGAAAAAUGCUUAGUUCAGCUAAUUUAUUUUCCUCGAAAUGUCAAAAUUCUGAGUUUUAUUUCGUAACAAACCUAUCAGCUUCUCAUCCACCAUGUCUGUGCUUUAGUUUUAUGGUGUUUUAUGAAAGUGCAUAUCAACAAAACAUAAACGCAACCUUAACGCCUUAAUGGGCUCGAUGCUGUGCAAAGCAUCUCAAAAGAGUUCUUUAGGGCUCAAAUGUAACAUUUUUCUAACUUGUCUUACCAUU